AGCUUUCGGACUCACUCCGAGAAUAUCGUAGUAGCCGGUCUCUCGAACCAUUUUUGGCAAACCUACAGAACGGAAUAGAGCUUAGCUUCAGACGCUGAGGUACAUCAACGACCAGAUAUCGGUUCUCGAGCUAUAGUGUCAGUGACGCUCUCCCAGGGGGUUGAGUAAGAGAGGGGGAGGAUCAUCCUUUCCCCAUUAUGCCCUGAACAGGAAGGUAGCUGACCAGCACAUACCAGCACAGCAGCCAGGAUGUUCAGCAGUGGAACAUCUCAACAACCAUCUUGCAACAAAAAUCAACACGGAGUCCAGAAGGAACACAGCUCAGAGCAAUCACCUCUGGGGCUCAUGACAGACUCCAAAAGAAAUGGAGGAGAACAGGCUACAGCCCAGAAAAAUUGUGUGGAAGAGAUUUUAGCAGGGGAAAUUCUGGCUCCAGCCCGGUGCCAUUGGACCACAGAGGCCAGUGGAUCAGUGCAACUGAGAAUAGAUGACCUCUGUCCACAGGAGCCAAUCACAGUGCAUCAAAUGUUUAUGACCUCAGUUCAGAAAUAUGGCAAUUUCUUUGCCCUGGCAACUAAAAGAAAAGGCAAAUGGGAAAAGAUUACGUUCUCUGAAUACUACCAGAACUGUCGGAUGGCCGCUAAGAGCUUUCUGAAGUUGGGACUGGAACGUUUCCACAGUGUGGCCAUUUUGGGAUUCAAUUCGGCAGAGUGGUUCAUUUCUGCCAUAGGAGCUGUCUUUGCAGGGGGUAUAAUGACGGGGAUCUAUACCACAAAUUCUCCUGAAGCCUGUCAUUAUGUGGCCCAUGACUCAAGAGCAAAUAUUAUUGUAGUGGAAAAUCAAAAGCAGCUGGAUAAAGUCUUGCAGAUUAAAGAUAAACUGCCACAUCUGAAAGCCAUUGUGCAAUAUUCUGAACCCAUAGUGGAGAAACUGCCCAAUCUGUAUUCGUGGGAGGAGUUCAUGAGUCUGGGCCAGGAGAUUCCAGACAAAAUCCUUGAUGAUAUCAUCAGUAGUCAGAAAGCCAACCAAUGCUGUGUGCUUAUCUACACUUCAGGGACCACUGGCAUGCCGAAAGGAGUGAUGCUCAGCCAUGACAAUAUUACUUGGACAGCUCACCAUGUGAGCAGGGCUGGAGACAUGCAGCCUGCUGAGAUAAAACAGGAAUCCAUAGUGAGCUACCUCCCCCUCAGCCAUAUUGCUGCUCAGAUGUAUGACCUGUGGACAGGGAUUCAGUGGGGCGAGUUAGUCUAUUUUGCACAGCCUGAUGCUUUGAAGGGCAGCUUGAUUGAGACUUUGAAAGAGACCAACCCUUCAUCCCAUAUGGGAGUCCCUCGUGUUUGGGAAAAAAUAAUGGAGAAAAUACAAGAGGCAGUCUCACACUGUGCAUACAUAAAAAAGAAACUGCUGACCUGGGCCAUGUCUGUUGGUUUGGCAGCUAAUCAGAGGGAUGAGGAGAAAUCGCUUCUAUUCUCCCUAGCAGAUAUGCUGGUCCUAGAAAAACUCCGUGUCGGGCUGGGCUUCUCUCAUUGUGAGAAGUUCUUCUCGGGUGCAGCUCCUCUUGGAAACGAUACAAUCCAAUUCUUCCUUGGCCUCAAUAUUAGGUUAUAUGAAGCUUAUGGCAUGAGUGAAACCAGUGGACCUCAUUUUAUGUCUGGUCCAAAAGUUCACAAGAGGUCAAGUUGUGGCAAGGUGGUUCCUGGCUGCAGAUAUAAACUAGUGAACGUUGACACUGAUGGUACUGGGGAGGUAUGCUUUUGGGGUCGGAACGUCUUCAUGGGUUAUCUCAACAUGGAGGAUAAAACCAAGGAAAUCUUGGAUGAGGAUGGCUGGCUGCAUUCUGGAGACUUGGGCAAAACAGAUGAAGAUGAUUUCCUGUACAUUACCGGAAGAAUAAAAGAGUUGAUCAUAACUGCUGGUGGAGAGAAUAUCCCCCCAGUUCUUAUAGAGGAUGCUGUGAAAAAGGAGCUGCCCAUCAUCAGUAAUGCCAUGCUAAUUGGGGACAAGAGGAAGUUUCUCUCAAUGCUGCUCACACUUAAGUGUGCCACCAAUGCUGAAACCAUGGAGCCCACUGAGGACCUGAGCUCUGAUACUGUGGAAUACUUUCAACAACAUGGCAUCCAGGCAACAAAGGUUUCCGACGUAACUGGAGGGAAAGACCAAGCAGUGAACCAGGUCAUUCAGGAGGGCAUUGACAGGGUCAAUGCAAAGGCUAACUCCAAUGCCCAGCGUAUUCAGAAAUGGACAAUUGUAGGAAAAGACUUCUCAGUCUCUGGAGGAGAGCUGGGUCCAACAAUGAAACUACGACGACCGUUUGUCCUGAAAAUGUACCAGAAUGAAAUUGAAAAUUUCUACAGACAAUGAGAAAAUAACUCCAGCUAACCAAACCAGACUAAACCAGGGGUAUCAUUGGCAUUCUACCUCACUGAUCACACCCAGUUCAUCAGCUAGUUACCAAAACCUAAGCUGAAUUUGGUCUGUUAGAAAAGGGAAAAGACAGGUGCCUACACUUAUUUACUGUGACCAGAGUCUAACACCCAAAGAAACAUCAACACCUUGAAACAGAAAUCUCAUCUUUAAGAAAUCAGGUGAUGGUGGAUAUACUUAUAUUAUUAUGGGGAGGAAUAAUGCUCCAAUCAAUCAGAAUGUAAAUUACAUCAAGACAAAAGUCUAUGUUGUGGGUUAUGUCCUAUUCCUGGACAUAUCCACAUGUGAUAAAAUAGUUGUCCUUCAUAGAAGACCAUGUGCAGAGUAAUACUGGCUAUGAGAAUUAAUUCCAUUCACAUCUCAGUGGGAACAAAUCAUAUCUGUAUUGGGGAGUCAGGAACAGCUGUUUAAAUCCUGAUGAAUCAUGAUGAG